AUGGCUUACGCCUCACGAACCGUGAGGCGGUCUAAUGCAGGCUGCUGGUGCCCCCACAACGCCGCAGCCAUAGCUCUGCCAUCGCCGGGGCAACCAGCUUUCCGGCAAGCAAGGAAAGGCGCCCCCCCACGUCCUCCCAAGCGACUUUCCCCUUCCACAGAGAAUGUCCGACACCAACGUUUGGCGGCGGCGAACGGAGCAAGAAAUUUUUCACUGGUAUCUGCUGAAUUCCACUUUGUCAGUUUUAGUCCUGUUUCGCAUUGUGUCAAGGGUUCCUUCAAUCUCUUUGUCCAGGUUGAUGAUCCAAAUAUUGAAAGAUCGAAUUUCAAGCUCUUGGCGGUCAGUGGAAAACUCUAUGCAAUUGGUGGGCAGUCCCUCUCCAAUGUUGAAUGUUACAACCCAGAACAUGACUGGUGGAACUUUGUGGCAUCUUUACCAAACCCACUUGCAGAAUUUUCAGCGUGUGAGUGCAAAGGCAAGAUUUAUGUCAUGGGAGGCUACACUACCCGAGAGCGCAACUUGAGUGUCUUGCAGUACUGUCCCACCUCUGACAACUGGACUAACUUUGGACUGUGUGGCGUCCACAUCCGCAAGCAACAGAUGCUGUCAGUGGAGGAAACCAUCUACAUAGUUGGAGGUUGCAUCCAUGAACUGGACUCAAAUAAAAAAUCUAGCCAGAAUGAGGACAUGUUAAUGGUACAGUCCUAUAAUACUGCCACCAAAGAAUGGCUCUACCUCAAAGAAAACACAUCGAAAUCUGGCCUUAAUUUGACUUGCACUCUACACAAUGAUGGGAUUUAUAUACUGACGAGAGAUGUCACAUUGUCUACGAGCUUGGAGCACCGGGUUUUUCUCAAAUAUAAUAUAUUUUCAGACAGCUGGGAAUCACUUAGGCACUUCCCAACCUUUGGACAAAAUAUGUUGGUCUGUUCCAUCUACUUGCCAAAUUUGAUCUGAUUGUAAACACAACCAUCUUAUUUGUGCCCAUAAAUGUCCACAUUUGCAGAACAAGGGGUUUCUUCCUCUAGCCAUCAUUUCUUCCGGAUGCCAUUUACCCCCGUGUUGCUAUUACUGUUAUUAAUUUGAUUUACUCUUAACAAGGUACAUAGUGCAGGUACUGGCCUCUGCUCUGGGAAACAGGCAGUUGGCUUCAGUGAGUGACAAAACUAGGGAGGGAAAAGAUAACAUGCAUAAAGGCAACUGUGUAUUUAAGCAUUGCUUCAGUUGAGGAUGAAGGUAAACAGAUUGAGACGACAGCUUUGUGAAAUUGUAUAUAGGAGCUUAGCAAGAGCAAGGGCCAAAAUGCUUUGUUUCUUUGCUUCCAGCUGAAGACAGCAAAUGAGGCACACAGUAAUGAAAAUUACACCUGUGUGGAUGGGGUUUACUUGGCAUGUGCAGUCAAGAUGGUUUGGAAAGAUAUGAUUGAUGAGCUAUUUUAUUAGAAAUAUGUAAAAACACCAUAAGUGGUUGUAUUGCUCUUUGUGAGUCCUGUCUGCAAGAGACGACGACUCAGCUGGAAGGCAAGUGCACCUAUGCAUAUAACUUCCAUCUGCAGUAGACACCUUGCAGUCAGAAGUGCAACAUUUUUCUGCUGUGGUUCACCACAGAAAGUGGUGUCUUCUGGGCAAGGAUCUGAAGGAAAGGAGAAAGAGAGAUUCCCCCUCCCCCUCCCCAUUGGAGCUGGAAGAGUAGGCUCAAUCACUUAAGAUGACCAGGAGACUUUGGCUGUCCUCAGAAUCGCCAAAGUGGUUGAAUUAUGGGAGCCAGGGUUCACAGAAAAAGCAAUGGAGAUUUGUGCUCAGUGCAAGUGAGAAUACAAAAGUUAGCAAAGAUAUUUGAUCUGGGCCAUUCACUGGUCUGAGUGACUGAAAAAAUGUGGGAUUCUGUGGCUAGGUAUUUUGACUAAGGAGUGGAAAAGCCAAAUAAGAAUUUUGGGUCCCAUUUCAGUGAAUCAAUCAGUUUUUACUAUAAUCACAGUUCAGCCAGGACUUUGUGUAAAGUGUGAUUUUCCAUACAUAGCAAAUGCACUUCUGUGGUUGCUUUAAAAGGAAUUCUGUAAACUGUUCUGUCAACUUAGGUGUAAGACUCUUUUUCUGAACCACUCAUUUGUUUAUGUAUUAGCCUCCUUUCUGCUAAUGUUGGAGAAGAGAAAAAGAAGUAAGACUUUCCAUGCAAGGUGAUCUCAAAGAUAUUUCACAUGUCUUAAUCUAAGAAAUAACUAAACUCAGUGGAUGGUUACAUAGAGAACAAGCUACUUGCUUUGGGGCCAAGCUAGUUACAACAGCUAUAGACUUUGUAUUUCCAAAAGAGCUGAAUGUAAUCACACAACAGGCUUAAAAAAUGGACAGUCCAUUUGUGGAAUUCUUCCCCAAGGGGUAAACCCACCCAACUUGUUAGUUUGCCUCCCCUGAUUUCUGAUAUUGGAAGUGUGCACAAUAUGGAGGAAAGCCUUAGGUAGUGGGAAGGUACGAGGUGGAUGGGGAAAUUCCAAUAAGUGCAGGGGAGAUGGCUUUUUUUGCUGUUAAAAUUAGACUUCCACCAGUGAUUGUGUCAGUGCCAAUUUGAACAAUGCUGUUGUCAUGCCUGGCUUAGCCCUUUAAAGAAAAUUAUAUUGCUGAAAUAUUUCACUAUCUUGUGAAAGAACUACUAGUGUCACUUGCUGCUUUUACUUUGUUCUGUUCCUGAGUACAACAUGUUAAGCUUUAAAACCGAUCAAAGCUUUCACCGUAAUUCUGUGCUUGGUGGUAGAAUCAAACAAAAAAGAAGCAGAGUGGGCAGGUAUUCUAGUUCUGCUCUACGGAUAGAAGAGAACAGCCCUGCUAUAUCGGAUUCAAAACUCUGUCAAUUAAUGUUUGUAUACUGGCAAAACUCUGCAAGAAAGACUCUUUCUUUGUGGUUCCCCCACAGUGGGUGUUGAGAGAUAGGCUGCCUUUGAUGUAAUGUGACCAGUAGCUGCUGCUGCACUGUCACAGAGAAAUUAUGAUUUCUUGCUACCUCUGUUGCUAACCACACUGUAAAACUUUAACUUAAAACAAUACAUUUGGAUCAGGCUCUAUCACAAGCACUGCCUCCUAAAGAUCAGUCUGCGUGGAAUUUUUCCAUCAUGUGUGGAAGGUGGUGGCUCUUUGUCAAACGUGGAUGGUUGCAACCGUUCCUGAGAAGUUAGUAAAAUCAGGCUUCAGUUUGUGAAGUCACAAAAACUGUGCUGUAAACCAUUUUAACACUAUUUGCAAGAAGUGCACCAAGAAGCCAAAUUGUCAUAUUUAUUCUUAUGCUCCAUUCCAAGAGCUUUCUAAAGGAACUCUGGGAAAAAAAUCUUUCUGGUAUUCCCUUUGCUGCUUCAUCUGCCUCGUGAAGUUUAUCUCCUCCCCUGACAUCGCCCCAAGAAAACAGCUUUGGAACAAAUCAAGGCAGCUGAGGCAGAAAUGCAUAGAAGUUUUCGUUGGUGUACGUCAUACGUGAGCCAUUGCUUUUGGCAUGAGCUAACUGUAGGCCCUUACCAAAAUGUCAAAUGCUUGUGUAAUAUUUUUUUUAAGGCAGCAUAAUAUGGGAUAGGAUGUAUAUCACCUCCUUCCUGCAUGGAUAGAUCACUAGGAAGCUUGCACUCUCAUCUUCAGGUGGUAAACACAGUUUACGGAUGCGCAUGGAAUCCACUCCUAAGCCUUUCCUGGAUUAUGCAACUUCCACCUGGAGUUUGAUGUCUGAACCCUACCCAAUGGAAGGAAAAUCUCUUUGCAUAUAUGAAAACAGUAUGCCAAAUCAAGAUUAAGUCUGCUUUCCUGGCAGUAUUUGGUUAUCAAAUCCCUUCCCUGCAAUCUGAAAGAGAAAAGUCUUGGCAUCAUAUGUAGACUGUACUUUGGUGCAAUAAUACAGGCAUCUUUCUGUAACCCAGUUGGUAGUGUCAGUAGGGGAAACAUCAGGAAAUGGUGUACCUAGCUUUACAUCUUGUGGAAGAAAGGAAGCAUGUAAAUGAAAUAAUAAAUGUGUACGUUUGAUGUGGUAUUUUCAUAAGAGUCACAUGUUUAAGGAUAUCACCAAGGGACAAAAAUUUGAACAUGACCUAGUGUACGUGCAGAUGGACAGCUCCUAACACUGCCAAUAAAAAUAUUACACAGCUUUUCUAUUCCUUUCUUCCCAUAUUUUGUAGGAAAUAAAAAAAGAUGUAAG